CGGUUCCACCCCGCAGCGGGGAAGCGGCGGCGGCGCAUGCGCAGUGCCCGCCCGGUGCCGGCCCGGACCCCAGAGCGCUGCGGGCGGCGGAGAGCGGCGGGGGCGGCCCGAGCGCUGGGGCAUGGCCGUCAAUGUGUACUCCACCUCGGUGACCAGCGAGAACCUGAGCCGCCAUGACAUGCUGGCCUGGGUCAACGACUCCCUGCAGCUCAACUACACCAAGAUCGAACAGCUCUGCUCAGGGGCUGCCUACUGCCAGUUCAUGGACAUGCUGUUCCCCGGCUGCGUGCACCUGCGGAAGGUGAAGUUCCAGGCCAAGCUGGAGCACGAGUACAUCCACAACUUCAAGGUGUUGCAGGCCGCCUUCAAGAAGAUGGGAGUGGAUAAGAUCAUCGCAGUGGAGAGGCUGGUGAAGGGAAAGUUCCAGGACAACUUUGAGUUCAUCCAAUGGUUCAAGAAGUUCUUCGAUGCCAACUACGACGGGAAGGAAUACAACCCGCUGCUGGCGCGGCAGGGCCAGGAUGCGGCGCCCGCCCCUAACCCAGGUGAUCACAGCUUCAACAAACCCAAGAAACUCAUUGGCACUGCAGUCCCACAGAGGACCUCCCCCACGGGCCCUAAGAACACGCAGCACCCGGCACGCCUGGGCAACGUCCCCACUGGCAUCCUGCGGAAAAACUCACCUGCCACCCGCAACGGGGGCCCCGAGGCUGACGCACAGAUCUUGGAGCUCAACCAGCAGCUGAUGGACCUGAAGCUGACGGUGGACGGCUUGGAGAAGGAGCGGGAUUUCUACUUCAGCAAACUGCGGGACAUCGAACUCAUCUGCCAGGAGCACGAGAACGAGAACAGCCCCAUCAUCAGCGGCAUCGUCAGCGUGCUCUACGCCACCGAGGAGGGCUUUGCCCCGCCGGAGGACGACGAGCUGGAGGAGCAGCAAACGGAGGAGCAGGACGAGUACUGACCCGCCGCGCCCCACCCCACGUCCGACCCCUCCAUAGACAUUGAGGCCCGAGUCCCCGCACCCCACCGCCAUCGCAGCUCCGUGGGACAGCGCCGAUGUCCACAAUAAACCAAACACCACACAGCGGAGCGGGGCCGUGCGUCUGCCGGGGGGGACGCGCCCCAGCCCCCACCCUCGCCCCUUUCACCCCAUAUUUAUUUCAGUUCCUCUCCGCCCCCACUGUGCCAUGGCUUUGGGACGGGGUGGGGGGCAGCCCCGGUGCCUCCACCCUGAGCCGGGGGAUCCGCGCGGGGCCCGCAGCCCUGAAAGAAGAAGGAGGAGGAGGAGGAGGAGAAGGAGGAAGAGGAAGGCCCGGCCCGGUGGGGGCAGCGCGGGUCCGGGCGCAGGGGGGGUGGGGGGGGUACCGAGAGCGGCCCGGCCCGGCCUUCCCCCUCGCUGCAUCGCUUUCAGCGCCGUCACCGCGGUUGCACAGCGCGCAUCUGUGUUCGGUUUUAUUUAAAAUAAACUUCGCGUGGUACAACGCUCCGC